AUGAAGGGCGUCCUGUCGGUGCUGGCACGGGCAGCGCAACACUUUGCGUGUCUGAGAAUGGCGGGCAGAGAUAUUCUUAAAGCGAUCCCAAACGCGACGGAGCGGCGGAGCCAACAGAGCAAACUGGUGGCCGAGCGCGCGGAGAGACCAGCCUGGCGGUGCGGCAACGGUGCGAGCUGCGUCGGCGGGCGCGGGCUGCUGCUCGUGGUCGUGGGGAGCGGCGGAUGCAGAGGAGGGCAGCGUCGUGAGGGUGUCGGGUUCAGAUAUUCGCUGCACGCCGGGGGGUGGGCGGUAUGGGUGGGCGGUAUGGGCGGUAUGGGCGCGCUGGCCUGCCCGUCUCGAGCAGACUCAGCAGGAAAACGGGGCUCUGCCGAGCUGUUAGAGACGCCGACGGGGGCGCAACAAGGGCCAAUGGCGGCGGCGACGGGCACGGGCGGCGGUUUCAGCCUGUCGCAGCGGCGAGAUGGCUCUUGGGGGGCCCGAGUGGUGCUGAGGGGCGCGAACAGGUGCCAGAGGAGUCACCGAAAGCGCGCGCAAUAG